AUGGGAGAUCUGGCGGCGCCUCCAGUCCUCCAGCGAGGAACCCGGCGACGACUAUGCAUUCACCGAGCUCAAGAAGAAGGCAAAAUCCGGCAGCGGCGUGAACAAGAGAGCGAUUCGGAAGGUCGGGAGGAGCGGCGAGAACUAGCACGACGAGGACAUCAGGACCCUGUUCAAGCUAGUCCGCCAUGCUCGGUCGCCGAUUGA